AUGCCAGGCACCAUCACUGAAGGCUGUAUCCGAAAGAUCCUCGGUAUUGGUCUGGGAUACAUGGAAGGCUGGUUGCGAGGAAUCGGCUCUGUGCUUGUCAACCACCUGAGGGAGAGUGCUGCUACCGCGAAGGUUUCACGAUCUCAACUAUGGGUAGUCGGUCAAGCACGGUUGUCAAGACUACUGAAGGUCGAACUAUAG